UGUGCUUUAAAACUAGUUUUUAUAAAGAUGCCCGUCCCUAAUGAAAAAAGAAAUAAUAAUAAAAAUAAAUCUCCAAUUCAUGUGCUUAGAAAUUAAAAUGAUUUCCAAGUAAAAAAUAAUAAUAAUAACAAUAAUAAUAAUAAAAAAAAGAAGGUGUUGAUGAUAGGGGAAGUCCCCGGCUAACUUGCAAAAAUUCAUUUUUCUUUUUUUUUCCAUAUCGAGGUAGCUUCUGGCUUCAGUCUCUACGGAAAGACAGAGAAAGAAAACAGGAUUGAGCCUGUUUCGCUGUGAGGGCUGCCAUUGGAGCUUCUUGGUUAACUGGUAAAGAUGAGACGUCAGGGCCAGUAUGCUGAUUCAGGUGUCAAUGCCUAUGUCACUGCUCAGAUGCAGCAUAUGUCUGGUCAGAGGAUGGAGCACAAGUCUAGUCAUUUCCAAGGACGGUUAGAAGGCUUGAAUUCUGAGAAGGAGCAUCUUUAUGGAACUUCAAAAGUGGAGGGACAAUGGAGAUGGGAAAGAGAUGGACCAAAAGUAUCAAACCCAUCUCAUGUGUUUAACGAGGGUCAAGGGGGUGAUGCAUUAUCCUUUUACCAGGGGCAGAGGCCAGAUGCAAAACUAGGUCUAGAGAAACAAAGCAACAAUGAUCCCAGAUCACAGCCCCAUGAAGAAGAUAUGGACAUUGGGUAUGAGGAUAAUCCUCUGUCACAUACUUUUGAAGGUAUUGAGAAGAAAUUCCAUGAUGAUCUUUUGAAGCUAGCCAAGGAACAAACUGAUGCAGAGGAUGUCGAAAAUGCUAGACAUAGGGAGAUAAAUGCAAUCAAUGCUCAAUAUCAGGAUCAACUAGGAGCACUUAGGGCUCGGCAUGCCAACCGAAGAGAUGAGUUCCUCCGGAGGGAAUCACACGCCCGGCAAAGUCAAUAUCAGCAAGCUGCAAUGGACCAUUUCUCUAAUAGUAGCAUGGGCCCGAGUGAUCCUCAUGGUUAUGAUAGGGUUGAAGAACAACGCCGAGCUUAUAAUGCUGAUCAUUUUGAUUCUUACAGAGAACGGGCUCGAUUUCUUGGGGGUGCCAGGGAUCAUGGGUUUGAACCCAGAGGCCAAUAUCCAGGCGGGCGUGUUUAUGACACAGGCUCUCGUUACUACUGACUUAAGUUGCUUACUGACAUAUAAAUCUUAAUCUGCUACUUUUUCUUCAAGGAUUUAUGAUGUUCUGGUUUGUUAGGCUGCCUAAAUAGCGUGUUAGUUUUGGCUUCUUCCCCAUCGUUACACUGCUUCUUCAUAUAUACAUAUUUUAAUUGUAAUGAUCUUUUUAUGUAGUUUAAGAUUUUAAUUCUUGGAUCA